GUUUCUUCGCCCGAAUCAAGAUCGCCGGAAACCGAAAUCUUGCAGAGGUCAAUUGCAAAUGGUGUGUUGUCUUGGGCCAGCCGGCGAUUGAGAAAUUGCCUCGACGAUGGCUACCGCCAGGCAAUGUGAUGGAUCUUUACCGCCAUUACAAGAUUACUUUGGGUGAGGACAAGGUACAGCCAGUUCUUGGAACGAUAUCAAAAAAAGUGGGCGAAUUGUCUACCUUUCCGGAGCCAUUCCAAUUUCGCGAAGUGCGACAGGAACUCGAGAAGAAGAUGGAAUUCAUUCACCAGUUCAAGCAGCACAUGGAGGACAUUCAACGAGAGCGUUCUCUACAGGAGCUUCUGGAAUCCGAGAACCUUGAAACAGGUGGACGUCCCAUCUUGUUUGUCCAGACUGACGGGCCACGCCUGAAGGUUCAAGGCCUUUGGCUUCAAAGCGUUGGGCUGAUGAUGUUCAUCGGAGAUGUACAUCUUGCGCAUGACUCCAGCAUGACAGUUGAGGCUGCUUGCGCUGCAUGA